AGCCAAGCGUAACAAAUAGGCUGUACUUUGUUUACGUCCCGUUGGUUAGCUGACAGCUGUUGUAGCGACUUUCCCCGCAUAAACAGCCGCGUCUGUGCGUCUCUGCCGGUUGUUCCGAGUUCCGGAAACUUUCAGAGUAGCGUCCUGGAUGUUGAGGAUGGGAUGUUUUGUUGAAUGAAGGGGACCCGUUAGAUGCCGACAGGAGGAUGAACUCCAUUACCGGUCGGGUUCUCUCCAUCCCCGCCGCCUCUGUCACCACCAACUCUGGAGCUUCAUCCUCUCGAGCCUUACAUGUAGACCUCACCUCCCAACAGAGACGAUUGCGUCAUCUCCGGAGCAUAGCAGCCAGAAACAUUGUCAACAAGAAUGGUUCCCCACUGCUGGACACAUACUUCACCCUCCACCUCUGUAUAGGAGACAGCAUAUCACGAGGAUUUUACAAGAGUGAAGUCAUACGAGACUCACUGAAUCCCACUUGGCGCAGCCUGGACUUUGGCAUGCUGCCGGACCUUCUGGACACGUCGGUGUCAUGUUUCGUGGUGAGGAUCUGGGGAGGACAGGAGGAGCAGUAUCAGCUCCUCAUAGAAUGGAAGGUCAAUCUGGACGGCCUCCGAUACACAGGACAGCAGAUUCGAUCCAGGAAUCCAAAUGAGAUCAUAUUUGGAUUGAACGAUGGCUACUAUGCAGCUGACUUUGAUCACAAGGAUCUGUCAGAGCGUAAGAAAAACAGUCUGCUUCAGGUCGACCAGAGUUCAGUCAGGAACUCCUACAGCGUUUUCUCUUUGCUCAGGCUUCACACAGCACAGAGAGCCAUCAAGCAGAACCAGGUGACGGUGCAGAGGAUUGGGAAGGAGAUCGAGGAGAAGCUGCGGACGACGGCAGCCUGCACAGAACGGAAGAAAGAGCGGGAGUGCAUGCAGCUGCGUAGAGCCGUGCUGCGCAGCGAGCUGCAGCGGCAGAGGAAGGCGCUCGGCAGGGAGAUAGACCUGCGGCAGAAGGAGAGGGCUCAGCUUCAGAAGAAAGAGGAAGCGUUCUCCGCUCAGCACGAGAGUCUGAAGGAAGAGAGGGAAUCUUUAACCAAGCUGCAGAAAGAAUGCACCGCCAAGAGAGAGCAGUUUCUGAAGAGCAACGCCCAGCUCACCUUCCGCUGUCGUCAGCUCCUCUCCGAGCUCUCCUACAUCUACCCCAUCCAAGUGGCUAAUCAGUCAGAUUAUGUCAUCUGCGGAGUGAAGCUGCCAAACUCUGAAGACUUUCAAGCAAAGGAUGAUGGGAGUGUUGCAGUCGCCCUGGGUUACACGGCACACCUGGUCCUGAUGAUUUCAUGCUUCCUGCAGGUCCCUCUUCGAUAUCCAGUGAUCCACAAGGGCUCGCGCUCCUCCAUCAAGGACACCAUCACCGACAGACUCACGGAGAAGGAAAGAGAAUUCCCCUUGUACCCGAGAGGCGAGCGGUUUCAUUUUGAAUAUGGGGUCUACUUACUCAACAAGAACAUUGCCCAGCUGAGAUACCAACAUGGCUUGACCACCCCAGACCUGCAGCAGACACUACCCAACCUGAAGAACUUCCUGGAACAUGGUCUACUGGUCCGAUGUGACCGACACCAUGUAUCUAGCUCCAUCCCAGUGCCUCCCAAGGCCCAGCUUGGCCCGUCUGCUACCUCAGAGAUUGGCUACCCAUGCCACACUAGCUCCCCAGACCGCGGCCUGAGGAAAAGGGCAAGUUCAGAGGCGGAUAAAUACAAACCAACGCCUCCACCCAGCUACAACACAGCCAUGAAUGAAGAGCCACCCGCAGCUGUCCCGGCACCGGCCUCACCUUCACACAAACAACUGUCGUCCUCCCUUGACGCCAGCAUGGCCUCACUAAACAUGACCAAGACGACAGACAACAAUGAGGAAGAGCGCAGGGAGAAGAAGGAGCAAGAGCAGUGUGGGGAGACGGAGGCGGAGGUGGAGAGACACAGGAGCACCGGUGGAGAGGUUGAACUAGAUCAAGGAGAAGAGACUGAAGAACAGCCGUCUAGUAGUACAGGGGCACCUGAGUCCUCUACAGUGCAGGAAACUGGUGAGGAAACAGUGGCCAGUGUUCAGCACACAGGCACCAUGAACGGUUCUUUGGUACCAGGACAGGCACCGGUCGGCCUGGUCUCAGAUCUGCACUGCUCUGUGGAGCAAGCUGAGGAAAUCAUGGGCACAGAGGCCACUGGCUUAGGGAUGGGGGGAGGGAUGGGGUUAGGGUUGGAAGAUGAGGCCCGGCUGGAAGACUACCACUGCAUCCCUGUGGACCAUGCAGUAGCUGUGGAAUGUGACGAGCAGGUGCUGGGUGAACUGGACGUUGCCGGGUUCGAGGAGUUCUCCAGGCGCAUCUAUGCACUGAACGAGAACAUGUCCAGCUUCCGCAGACCGCGCAAGAACUCGGAGAAGUGAGGCGGAAGACCUUUUAGGAGAGAAGGAGGGGUGGAAAAGCUUGCACACUGGGUUUGGACAAACACAAGGAAGCAUCAUGAACUGAGAGGACAAGGGGGGGGGGGGGGGGGGGUCAUCACUCCCUCAUCACAGCAUCAAAAAUCAUAGGAGCUAUUCUGGAAAAAAUGACCAAUUUUCACUUAUUGUAAACAUUUCCAUUGUAACCUUUUAAAAUGUAACAGACAAAAGUGGAAGUACUGGAACAGGAAGCUUGGCUUUUAUUUUAUUUUUUUGAUGCAAACAUGAAUAUACCAAUAUACAUUUUUAACACUGGAUACAGAACAAUAAUUCCGGCAUUUCAUUUAUUUUUUUAAAUGACCCUCCAGGAUUACGUGUAGCCUAUUGUGUUGUUCCAUACCGAGGACCAUAAGUGUAAAAUGAUUCGCAAUGAUGUGCAUCACUCACACAUACACAGCAUCCCUUCAACGCUUGAUGGUGCACCGCCUCUUAGAAAAGCUUUUGGAUCCGCAGGACGUAAAUUUUAUCGUCCGCGCCAAAUUCGGCGGUGGGUGAGCACAUCUACAGAUUGGGUUCGCACAACACUUUCCAGUCCACCUGGUGAGAAAUUGCUGCUACUGGGUUGGAAUGGUAGAUUGAAUAUGCAUGCAGAGAAUGUUGCAGACCCUCAUUUUAAUAUAAAGAGUGAACAUGUAUUUGGAAAUAUGAAGCAGGUCUCCAUGGACAUGGAUGGCAGAAAGUAUGAUCCGGCCCUUAAUGAAACAAAAACCCCUUAAACUGCUAAGACAACAUCUUGUUUGUUGCUGCUGUUUGCAUACCCCUCCUUCCUCCCUAUGUUACCUCAUUAAAAUUUGAUUAAUGGACUAAAUCCCAGGAGCAGAAAGGACCAUCUUUUUGUGGAGUUCUGGCUCCUGACUGGAUCAAGUGUUGUGGGAUGCUCAAAAACCCUGAGACUGAGACUCAAACGCUCUUGAUCAGUAAUAGCUGUGAGAACAUCAAGCUUCUUAACACAAAUUUUAAUAAAUUUAGCAGCUCUAACGUCAGCAAAAUAUAAUAAAAAAAACUUGCUUUAAUGACUCAUUCAAGGUCACACAA